ACACGUCUUCUCGCUGCGGUCAUGUGACCCGACAGCAUCGCUCCUCUCUCUCUCUCUCUCUCUCUCUCUGUCUCUCUCUCUGCCCGCAAACAGCUGUGAGUGAAACAGUGUGCGGGAGGGCUCUUCAGAAACACACACGAGCGGGACAAAAUGGGAGUGGAGAUCGAGACCAUAACCCCCGGCGAUGGGAGGACUUUUCCCAAAAAAGGACAGACAUGUGUGGUGCAUUAUGUUGGCUCUCUGACAGAUGGACGAAAGUUUGACUCUUCCCGUGACCGUGACAAGCCAUUUAAGUUCAAGAUUGGUAAACAGGAAGUGAUCCGUGGCUGGGAGGAAGGUAUUGCGCAGAUGAGUGUGGGCCAACGCGCAAAGCUGACCUGUUCACCUGAUUUUGCCUAUGGUAAUAAAGGCCAUCCUGGGAUUAUUCCCCCAAACGCCACACUCAUCUUUGAUGUGGAGCUUCUUAGUUUGGAGUGAUUUAAUGCUUUUCACUGCCUUUUUAUUAAUUUUUCAUUAUUUUAUAAUUGUUUCAUGUGUCAAAAGUUUAGUCUUAACAUUACAAACUUAAUUAAAUCAAUAUCUCUUUCUGUCAGGCCGUAUUUUUAGUAAUUCUUCUCAGAACCACCUUUAUUCAGCAUCCCACUCUUACAGUUUUAGGCACAAGAUCUGUGCUUCAUUUUUAUCAAACUUUUGCUUUGGUCUCGUUACAUCUGAACUAAUUCUUAAACUCUUUUAAUUUUAAUCCAAGAUUCUUCCUGUGCAAUUGAUACGAUAUCACCAAAAACCUUGCAAUGUCCUUAAUCUUGAACUUGAACCCGACAAAUUCCGAUUCAGCGUUAAUUUGGCGACCAACGCCAACAGACGCUGACAGGGUAACACGCUGAUAUGAAAUAACCCAGAAAAGUGCCUGUUGUCGUUGGUCGCCGUCGGCAUUGUGUUAGACUUGUAUUCUCUUUUGUGACUUUUUCUCGCACUGUGAUUGUUGUUGGCUUGAGACCAAGUACAAAUGUGACUGCAGACAAAUUUGUUAAAAAAAUCUGCGAUUUUAUCCCUGAAUUGACAUAAAUUUAUCUUAAAGAUGUUAUGUUUGGGAUAUAAAAAUUGAAAUAUUUGUUGCAUUGCUACUUUUUACAUUGAAUAAACUACAUUUAAUAUUUUUUACAUUUAAAAAAUAAACUUUUUUCAGUUGUCCACUUUAGACAUUCUACUAUCUUUAAGUAAGUUUGCAACUACAUGUCAACUAACUCUCAAUAAUUUGCCACUACAUAAUCAAAUAACUCUCAUUAGAGUAUUAGUAGACUGUAGGUUAGGGUUAGGUCUAAGGUUCGGGUUAGUAGAAUAAGUUUAUGUGUAGUUGCAAAGUUACUUAUAGUCUGUUGGAGAGCAUCAAAAUAAAGUGUUAUCAUCAGAUAUUAAACAGACACACUAGUAAUACUUUAAUGACAUGACAUGCAGAUGCAAAGACAUGCAAAGAAUGUCUAAAUUGGACUAUCAAAAUACAACCCCAAAUCUAGAAAAGUUGGGACAUUUUGUAAAACGCAAUUAAAUCAAGAAUCUGUGAUUUGGCCAAAUUAAUUGUAUUUUGUAAGUAUAAACAAAUUUUGAUUUUGAUGGCUGCAACAAACUCCAAAAAAGUUGGGACAGAGACACAAUAAUAGUAAAAAGAUUACAGAAUAUCCAAGUUGAACAGUUUCGAAACAGUCCACAAUUAGCAGGUGAGGGUAUCGUGUUUGGGUAUAAAAGGAACAUCCACCAAAGACUCGGUUUUGUAAGCAAAGAUGAGUCAUGGCUCACCACUUUGCUCCAAAUUUCAUGAGAGAACUGUCAAACGAUUCAAAAAUCACAUUUCUCAAUGCAAGAUUGCAAAGCAUUUAGGUCUUUCACCAUCUACCAAACAUAACACUGAAAAGAUUCAGGGAAUCCAGAGAAAUCUCAGUCAGUGUAGGGCAAGGCAGGAAACUUCUGUUGAAUGCGCGUGACUUUCGAGCCCUCUGGGAUCAUCCAGACUUUCAUCAGCGACAGGUGCAAAAGCAAACAUCUGUCAUGGUAUGGGGGUGCAUCAGUGCAAAUGGCAUGGGUGACUUGUGUGUGAAGGUACCAUUGAUGUGGAAGUGUAUAGAGACAUAUACUUUCCUGGUAAACAAGACAAUGCCAGGCCUCAUUAUGCACAUACAUCAGUGUGGUUUCGAGAUGCUCUACACCGUAGAAGGGAUGUGUCCCGAACUGUCUCUUAUUGAAAAUGUAUGAUAAAAGGAGAAUCAGACAAAGAUUGACCACAGACUGUUGAGCAGCUGUCUUGUAUCAAGCGAGAUUGGGCGAAAAUUCCACUUGCAAAACUGCAACAAUUAGAAUCCUAACAUGCCUCUGUCCCAACUUUUUAAAAGUGUGUUGCAACCAUCAAAAAUUAAUAUUUGUUUAUAUUUAAAAAAAUACUAUCAGGAUUGUCAUUGUCAAAUCUUUUUUUACUUCUAUCAGUUAAAUAAAAGUUCAAGAGAAUUAACAAAUCACAUACUCUUGACUUCAUAGUGAAGUCCCAAUUUUUCUUGAUUUGGGGAUGUAAAAUGUUACCUAAUUUUCAGCCAGUUUUGAAUUGUUAGGUUUGAACAGAUGGACUUUACACUGGUUCACUAGUUCUGUUUAGUAUACAAAGAAGCAAAUUCUUGAACAAUCCUUGUGCCUCUUUGUGUGUUUUACACCUGCCAGAAUUCCACAGGUUUUGUAUAUUAACAAAGCGAUCAGAAGUGAUCAGCUGAUAAAGUGCUGUCCUGUAAUCACACUUUACAGUAUACCAGGCUGAUAAUUAUACAAUGAUGAAGUAUUAUAGUACUGCUAUUUCUGUCAAUUUGGUGAGCAACAUUUUUUUUUCUUGCAUUAAUAACAUGCAGCUAUUUGGAAAUGUUAUUUGAAGUGUUUACUUUGUUCUGUGUAUGACUAGGUUGUGUAGUUGAGUAGGUGGCACAUUUGGCACCAUAGCAAUGGAUGCAUGCCAUAUUUAGUGCUUAAGGAUUUUGUGAUCAUGUUUCAUCUAAAAACAAUCAAUUAGCUUGCUAAUAAAUAUAAUAGAUGGGCACUUUGUGUUCUCAUUGAGCUGGAACUAUUUGUUUUCAAAGAUGGACAAUGUCUGAAAAGCACAUUGUGACCUACCCUACUUUCAUCACACUACUUGCCAUUAAUAUAUACAUUUUGAAGCUAAAUUAUUUGCAGCCAUCUGUUAUUGUUAAUGUAGACCGUGCUGCCUAUAGAUAAUUGAUGUGAUUAUAUUGGAUGCAGAUACAGUGACAGUACUUUUUGUAUUGACAUGAUAAUAAUUUUUAAUUGAAAUCUGCAGACGCAUAAAUACUUGAGUCGAUGCUGUUGAUUUCUGUGAUUGCAGGUCAAGCAUCAAAUAUAUGGCUUUAAUAUUUCUGUAAUGCUCUGUAUAUUUAUGUAUUGUCAUACAGACAAAAAACAAUAAAAUAAUUAAAAUGUGACAUGUUUUGGGAAA